AAUUUUUUAGUUUUACGUUAGUAGUGAGUAUUAAACAUACGGUUUGACGGCCAGUCGGGUUAGUGAAUUUCUUUAUUUGAUUUUUUUUCUAAAAAGAAAAAUGAAGUAGUGCAAAUUUUUUUCUAUAAAAUGUAUAAAAAAUAAAGAAGAUAAAUUAAUAAAUAUUAAAUGAAAAUAAGCAAAAUGAAGGCCUUUUUUAAUUGAAACAAAAAAGUUUCAAGUCGAAAAUAGAGUGGGCAGUCGGGAAAAAAGGAAAAUAAGAAAAUUUUAUUUAAGUAGCAAAAGAAAAGAAGAAAAAAUUGCAUUUUGCUUAUAUGAAAAGUGAAAGAAAAAUCCGUGGUAGUAUAUAGUGGUGUGUAUAUGUGAGUGCGAGUGUGUGUGUAAGUGAAGUUAGAAAAAGAAGAAAUACAACAAAUGAAAAAAAGGUGGAAAAUAAAAUUAAGCUUAAAAACAGCAACAACAAUAACUAAAAGUGUGUGGGGUGCUUAAGCAGCCGCUAAAAGGCCAGAGAGGAAAAAAAGGCCUAAAAUCAAACGGAAAAACAGGAGCAAAAGCAAAAUAACAACAACAAUAAGAAAAAAGUUUUAAUAAAAAGGAUAAAAGUUCAAUUUGUUUUAAAUCAAGUCAUUCUAUUUUUAAAGUGGCAAUUAUUUGUUUAUCAAUUAAAUUUUAUUAUCGAUCUUAUAAACCAACAACAAAGCAACUACAAAAGAAGUUUAUGGAAAAAUUAAAAUGAGUUCGAGUUGCGAAAGAAUAGAAUGGGUGGAAAUUAUCGAACCCCGCACCAAAGAGCAUAUGUAUGCCAAUUUAACCACAGGCGAAUGUGUUUGGGAUCCACCUGAAGAUGUACCAAUUAAGCGCACCGAUUCAUCACAAUGGUGGGAAUUGUUUGAUACAAAUACGCAACGUUUCUAUUACUAUAAUGCUGCCUCACAGAAGACCGUCUGGCAUAGGCCGAGUAAAUGUGACAUCAUACCACUGGCUAAAUUGCAAACGCUCAAACAGAACACCGAUCCCAGUGAUCGACGUGAGAUUAGUACACAAACAUUACAACAACAAUUGCUACAGCAUCAGCAACAACAAUCGCAGCAGCAGCCGCAACAUCAUCAGUCAUCACAGCAUUCAUCGCCCUCUAUGCCUAAAAUACGUUCAUCAUCUCAGCGUGGCAAUAGCAGCAGCAGCAUCAGCAGUAGUCAUCAUCAUAAUCUUCAUACGCAAAAUAGCAACACCAACACUACGGGCAGUGCGGGGAGUGUUGGCGGUGGGGGCAGUAUAAGGGGAGGGGAUGGUGGUAGUAUUGGUGGCACUAAUAAACGCAGCAGUGCUGGUUUGCCAUUCCAUGCCAGUUCGGAAGAGAAACUAACCACCGAAAUACUCUCAAGUCCACGUGGGCGUCAAAGUUUUCGCGUUGGCACUGGUGAUUCAUCACGUUCCAUGGAUAUGCAACAAAUCUCAACAUCAUCAAGACGUUCACAAGAUUCUUAUAAUCCCUUUAAGGAAUCUGGCCAAAUCGGUAGUGAUUCUAGUCUAUUCCAGUAUACUACUGGCUAUCGCCGAUUCAUGAUGAGUGGCACAAACGAAAGUUUAAGAUUGGGAUCAUUGCAAAAACAUCGUAGUCGUAAAGAGGUAGUGGCAGGUAAUUUUGAUAUGCUGCAAGAGAGCAUUAGUUCUCAUAAUAUUCCACAUGUCAGUAGUACUCAACGUCAGCAUCGUUCCAGCGAAAUGAGUUCACCAACAAUGCAUACGCCCCAAACGAAAAAGAAAAUCUCACCGGAUGCUCAUCAUUUACAGCAAUAUCCCCAACAGCAGCCUCAGCCGACAUUUAAUUCACAGCAACGUUCGUUGGUGGGCAGUGUUGGAGGUGGCAGUACUACGGGCAGUGUUGGCAGUAAGUCAUCAACAUCCACACGACAAACUAUGGAAUAUGGAGGAAGUGAAAGGGAACGUGAUUAUAAGGUCUCCUUGGCCAGAUCGGGUAGCUUUAUGUCAUCUUCUAUAAAUCCUUCUGCUGCCGGACAUCAUAGCAAAUCUUAUCGUCGUUCCGCGGCCGAAACUGCCAAUGGCGUGGGUGUUUCACCUGCCAGCGCUGCUUGUAUAGUGGGUGGUGGUAAUGGUGGCAAUGGGGGAGCGGCUAGCGAUGAUUCCAUGCAUGAGAAAUAUUUUAAAUCCGUGGAGAAUACGCCUCUCUCACGCCGUCGCCACACUACCACACCCAAAGGCUCCAGUGGGGCCGCUAGCGCCAGCAGUGGUCAUGGCACUGGAGGCAGUGCUGGCAGCAAUAUGAAACAUUCUAGUGACUCUUCACCUCAGAGUCCCAUUAGUCCACACAGUAAUAAAAAUAAACCCCUCAAAGCCUCGCCUAACAUAAUGGGCGAACGGGGUACUCCCAUGUUACAUUCACCCGGAGGCCAUUCCACGUGUUCGGGCCAACAGCAGCCUUCAUUAUCUAGUCAUUCACAUUUUAAACAAGAUUCUUCUUGUAGUUUAGAAUUAUUAAAUUUGGAUCGUUUAUCGCUGAGGGAAGGAGGUGGUGUUAGUGGUGGAGGCAAAACCACUUCGCCUCAUUUGAGUGAUAUUACUAGCCACAUGAGUGGUUCGAAUAAUAUUACUUCAAAGAAUUUUCCUUCUUCCGACAACAUUGGCAUGUUGACUCAUUCCUCUAGGGGCUCCAAUGAUUCGAGAGGUAAACACAAGACCUCUACAACUGGGUCAUGGUCUCAACAUCAGGAUAACCGUUCUCGUGGUCAUAAUUCUAUGAGUUUGGACAAACAGUCACGUCAUUCUAAUGAUUAUUAUCCACAGGAUAAUAAACGUCAUUCUCGCAAAGCCAAAGACAGACAUCAUAAUUUACAGGCCGAUAAUAGUGAUGUGGAAUAUGAUAAUGGUAAUAUAUCGCCUUUAUACAGCAACUGGGAUUCGGAAAUGCAAGAACAUUUAUUGCCUUUGAAACACUAUAUUAUCGAACAGGCCAAGUUAUCGGGGCGUUAUGUAUUCGGUGAUCCUAUUGACUCCGAUUCCUAUCAUUCGGACAGUCAGUCGGAGCAAUCGUUGUCGGGACAUGAGCCCGAUAAUGAAGAUUCAGAUGGCGGUUCGGAUACACAUGGUGGUUAUUUAGAGCACAAUUAUGGUAUGAUUGAAGACUAUGCUAAUAUGGGUGAUAGUGUCUCAUAUUAUGCCUAUCAAUAUCCACCAUAUGAUCCAGCUGCCAGAGAAGAUAUUUCCGACAAUGUGGAAGCUGUCUUGGAGGGCAUAGGUUCCGAAAUGAAUUCACAAAAAUCAAAGCCUUCUUCACGUUAUCAGUAUUAUGAUACCGCCACUACACAUACACCUUCUACUCUCAAUCAGCAACAAUCACAACAUCAUUACAACACCCAACAGCAAUCCACUCAUCAUCAUCAUUCUCCACAGCAACAGCAGCCACAACAACUCUAUUCAAAUGCUCCACCAUUGCCACCCGGUCAUCCUUCAUCCUCUGCCUCUCAUCAUCACUUGCAAUUAGAUGGUUCUGCCGAUAAAUCGAAACAAUCUCAAACAUUACCCUCACCCAAUCGCCAAAUUUCACGCAUAGCACAAAAUUCUCAAGACAGUGGCACUGGCAUCGGUGGUCGUUUACCCAUGCCACCACCGCCACCACAUCCCUAUACCAAAGAUGGCGAAAGCGCGAAUAUUGUUGGUGGCAGUAUGAUGCGUCGACCAUUGCCACCGCCUAAUCUUAAGCCGACGAUACAACAAAUCUUUCCACCUAGUGAAAGAGCUCCUCAAGGUCUGGGGGGCAUACCCACGUUGGCUUGCAUGAAGGAAUGUGAUAUUGAAAAGUUUGCGGCGGAUAAUUUAAAUUUACAUUCGAAGGGUAUAUUUCGUAAAAAGUCUUCCGUACGUGACAUGUUAAGCUGGACAUCGGAGGCCAUAAGUCGUCCCAUGUUGGCGUUGUCACGUGAUAAAACCGAUAAGAAAAUUGCCAUAGAACUCUUUAAGUUGGUGCAAAUUUAUAUGGGUGAUCGUAAGGCCCGCGCCGGCAUGAGUUUAAAUUCGGUAGCCAUAGAUAUAAUAACAGCCGCUUUGCCACAACAACAAUUGAGAGAUGAAUUGUAUGUACAGCUAUGCCGUCAGACGACAGAGAAUCCCAAAAGGGAAUCAUUAAUCCGAGGUUGGGAACUAAUGGCCAUUUGUUUGUCUUUCGUACCGCCUUCAAUAACAUUUCAGCCGACUUUAUUAAAUUAUGUCAAUCGUCAUCGUGACACUACUUAUGCUAUAUCAUUUCCCGAGGUGGGCAAAUGGCCCAUACACGUACAAAUAUCUCACUAUGCCACGGUGUGUUGUAGACGUUUGGAUCGUAUAGGCAGUCAUGGACGUAAACAGGCUAAAAAGCCCACAGAAGAUGAAGUGGAACAGGCUAGGAAUCAAAUUUUACGCAAUAGCAUGUUUGGUAAUACUUUGGAGGAGGUAAUGCAAUUGCAAAAGGAUAAAUUCCCAUUCCGUAAAUUGCCAUGGAUACAAACUACUCUAUCGGAACAUGUUCUACAACUAAAUGGCAAACAGACCGAGGGCAUAUUCCGUGUUUCAGCUGAUGUUGAUGAGGUGAAUUCUUUGAAAAAUCGUUUAGAUCGGUGGGAUGUUCCUGAAUUUAAAAAUACUAUGGAUGCACAUGCACCAGCUAGUCUUUUAAAAUUAUGGUAUCGCGAGUUAUAUGAUCCUUUAAUACCCGAUGAAUUAUAUGAUGAAUGUGUAAAUACCGAAGAUCCGGAUAAAGCCAAAGCUAUUGUUGAUAAAUUGCCAGAAUUAAAUAAAUUGGUCUUAACCUAUUUAAUACAUUUCCUACAACAAUUCUCCCAUCCGGAUGUGGUGAGUGCCACCAAAAUGGAUUCCUCCAAUUUGGCCAUGGUUUUCGCACCCAAUUGCUUGCGCUGUACCUCGGAUGAUCCGAAAGUUAUAUUGGAAAAUGCACGAAAAGAAAUGUCAUUUAUGCGCACAUUAAUCCAACAUAUGGAUACAACGCAUGUAGCCAAUUUGGUGUAAAUAAGUUUAAGAAGUUAUGAAAGAAAAUGAAACACACACAAACAAACA